CGCGCAUGCGCAGUGCUGAGCUAAUGGAGGUUACGGGUUUCGGCUUUUAAACGUCCGGUGUUGAGCGAAGUGACUGAACAUCGCUAAAGCCUCAGGGGGAAAUUCCUCGCAGUUUAUUCGACAUCAGCGGAUCGGAUCUGCCGGGAGCGAGGAUGGCGUCCGACUCGCCGUCUUCCUCCUGUAAAGGGAUCAUGACGUUUUACCCGACGAUGGAGGAGUUUAAGAGCUUCAGCCGCUACGUGGCGUAUAUGGAGUCUCAGGGAGCGCACAGAGCCGGACUGGCCAAGAUCGUCCCUCCGAAGGAGUGGAAGCCCAGACGCUCGUACGACGACAUCGACGACUUGUUGAUCCCGGCGCCGAUCCAGCAGGUGGUGACGGGUCAGUCCGGACUCUUCACACAGUACAACAUCCAGAAGAAGCCCAUGACCGUGAAGGAGUUCCGCAAGACGGCCAACAGCGACAAGUUCUGCAGCCCUCGCUACGACGACUUCGAAGAGCUCGAAAGGAAGUACUGGAAAAACGUGACCUUCAACCCUCCGAUCUACGGAGCCGACGUGAACGGGACGCUCUACGACCCCGACGUCGACGAGUGGAACGUGGGCCGCUUGAACACCAUCCUGGACACGGUGGAGAACGACAGCGGCAUCACCAUCGAGGGGGUGAACACGCCCUACCUGUACUUCGGCAUGUGGAAGACCACGUUCGCUUGGCACACGGAGGACAUGGACCUCUACAGCAUUAACUACCUUCACUUCGGCGAACCGAAGUCAUGGUAUAGCGUGCCUCCGGAGCACGGGAAGAGACUGGAGCGUCUCGCGAAAGGAUUUUUUCCCGGAAGUUCUCAAAACUGCGAAGCUUUUCUCAGACACAAGAUGACUCUGAUCUCUCCCUCCAUUUUGAAGAAAUACGGCAUCCCUUUUGAAAAGAUCACUCAGGAAGCUGGAGAGUUUAUGGUGACGUUCCCGUACGGCUACCACGCCGGAUUCAAUCACGGAUUUAACUGCGCCGAGUCGACCAACUUCGCCACGCAGCGAUGGAUCGAUUACGGAAAGCAGGCCAUUCUGUGUUCCUGUCGGAAGGACAUGGUGAAGAUCUCCAUGGACGUGUUUGUGAGGAAGUUCCAGCCCGAGCGCUACGAGUUGUGGCUGGCGGGGAAGGACAACGCUCCCAUCGAUCACACCAAACCCACUCCAGAGGCGGCGGAAUUCCUCGGAGGCAAGAAAGGAAACUUCGGCCAUCGAGAGCCUUGUACACAGAACCAGAGCAACGACUCGUCUAAAAAAAGCGUGGCCAAACAGAGAAUCGGUACCAAGCGGCACCGUGUGUGUUUGGAGGUACCGGAUGACGUUCUACCGAAGAGCGACGCGCCGUAUGACGACUCGGAGUACGGGAAGAAGGGACGCCUGUCUCCACGCGCCGAUCCGAGCCGGGACAACACCGAGUGCAGCAGUCAGUCGAGUGUAAAAUCUCCAGACGGCAGGAAGUGGCUGAAGCUCGGCGAUCGUUCCGAGAGGGCGGUCUGCGUUAAGUCGGAGAACGCCGCUGUGACCUCGGGCUCGGCCGCGGCGUGUCCUCAGGCCCAGAGGAAAGGCCACCUGUCCAUCGCCACCGUCCCCAUGGCCCCUCACUGCCUCUCCGCCCUGCCCUGGACCUCCAGCAAGCCCGGGGUGGCCAGCCUGCUCUUCCACAGGACCCUGAGCCCCUCCGACGCCCUGCAGGUCCACACCUACGCCGCCAAAGCCUCGCUCUGCAAACCUCAACCUCCCAGGGUCCAGGACUUCAGGAAGUCCGAGUCCGAGUCCGAGUCCGAACCCACACCUGAGCUGAAACCCAGCGCAGACACUCCAGAACACAGCGCGGACACACACGAGGAGGAAACGGAAGAUGAGAAGGAGAACAAGAGCAUGAAGAGGACGCUGCAACCCCUCAGCAAUCUGCCUCACCUCCACCCGCUGCUCAGAGAGAGCUCCAGCGAUGAAGAGCUGCAGGAGCAGGUGGAGAUCGAUGAGGACUCUCAGGAAUCGGACCCCUGGGCCCGGCUACUCACGCCCCUCUGGCAGAAACGGAUACUGCGCAGCUUUAAAGUCGAGCGGGAAUUCAACCGGCGUGUGGGUCUCCAGCCUCCGUACUGCGCCGUGUGCAGCCUCUUCCACACGUACGAGCAGAGCGAGCUGAGAACUCUGAUCCAGGGAACGUCUCUAUCUCCCGGACAGGAGAAGCUGAGGACGAAGCCUCUGAUCCCGGAGAUGUGCUUCACGGGAAGUUCGGACGGACAGCUGUCCACUCCGAACCUGGACGAGGACGGCACCAGUCCUCUGGUCAGCUGCACGGUGUGCUCCGUGCGUGUACACACCAGUUGCUACGGAGUGCCUCGAGACAGCAAUCUGGACAGUUGGAGGUGUUCACGCUGUGAGGCUAACGCUUUUACUCAGGACUGCUGUUUGUGCUCUUUAAGAGGAGGAGCGCUGCAGAAAGCCAACAAUGACAAGUGGGUGCAUGUAUUUUGUGCUGUAGCAGUUUUAGAAGCCAGGUUCGUGAACAUCGCAGAGCGCCGACCGGUUGAUCUCAGCGCUAUACCUCUACAGAGAUUUAAACUGAAGUGUCAGUACUGUCGGAAGCAGAUGAAGAGGGCGUCUGGUUGCUGCGUUCAGUGUUCCCACGGCCGCUGCUCUUCCUCAUUUCACCCUACGUGCGCUCAGGCGGCCGGCGUUCACAUGCACCCCGACGACUGGCCCUUCGUCGUCUUCUUCACCUGCUGGAGACACAAAGGAGGCGCGAACAUCGAGCGCAACACGGCGUCUCUGCGGGAACUGGUGGAGGGACAGAAAGUCAUCUGCAAGCACAAAAACGGACGGUACUACCAGUGCGAGGUGGUGGAGCUCACCAAAGCAACGUUCUACGAGGUCAUCUUCGACGACGGCUCGUUCAGCGACAACCUUUUCCCGGAGGACAUAGUGAACAGAGACUGCGUGCGACUCGGGCCUCCAGCUGAGGGUGACGUGGUGCAGGUGCGCUGGACAGACGGACUGAUCUACGGCGCGAAGUUCGUAGCGGCUCACAUCAUCCCCAUGUACCAGUUGGAGUUUGAGGACGAGUCUCAGCUGACGGUCAAGCGGGAGGAAGUGUACUGUCUGGACGAGGAGCUGCCCAAACGCGUAAAGGCCCGACUGUCCGUGGCGUCGGAUAUGCGCUUUAAAGGAGUCUUCGUGGAGAAGGAAGUCAAGCAGGACACGAAAAGACAGCGCUUCAUCAACUCGCGCUACAGAGAAGACUACAUCGAACCGGCCAUCUACAGAGCCAUCAUGGAGUGACGUCACGCUUCGCACAGACACGCCUUUAUGCCGAACGCUCUGGACUCUGGUUCUGUUUUUAAACGCGGCUUUUUGUUUUGUUCUUAUCGCAAACGGCGACUUCCAAACAUGACGGCCACGUCGUGUGUAAAAGCGUUUGUGCAGAUUAAGUUGUUUGUUUUUUUGUUUUUUUUUCCCUGAAACCCUGUUCGAGCUCCUUAAUCCUCUCUUACCCCAUUUUUCCACUGACACGGUGCCGCUGAGGUUAAACUCCAAACCACAUCAGUUUACAAGCCAAACUGUUGUAUAAUCAGACCUGUGAGCCUCUGAAUACAACCGUAAACCCUGCGUAUGCGCUAGCAAGCCAUCAUUUUGUACGACGUUUGAACUGAGAUUUUCCCAAUUUUAUGCAAAUUAGGUACGACUCAGUAAACAAGCGACAAAUCCAAACGAUCGUCUCGAACGAUUCCUCGGAACGACCCUGUGCUCCGACGUUUCUUCAGUUCCCCGCUCGCGGCUUUACUUCCACAAUUAGUUCCGCUGAAAUGGAAGGGAAACUUUAAAAUCCUGUCACGUACAACCUCUCAUUAAAUGUGUACAGAGACAUUAGGGGAAAAAAGGGAAGUAAGUGAAAGGAAGGAAGUCGGGAAGCGGAGGUUGUUGUGGCCUCUAUUGAGUCUACGGUGCUAGUACACUUGCUUUGCUAAUCUAAUCUGACAACAGAGUUAGUAACAUGGAAAGCGAUGUUAAAUAUAUUUUUAAAUAAAAGUGGUGUGUAUAAAUAGUAUAGUGCGCUAUAGGCUAUAUGUUUUGAUUAAUCAUCAGAACGAAUCAAAAAUGAAACUAGACAGGCCACGCCCACAAGAGAUGACCUACAAGCAACACGAGUGGCUUGUUCCUACUCACUAGUGACGCUCCGAGUAAACAUGAAUGAAUUCUAUCACUCUCGCAGCGACAGUCACACAAAAAUCUGUCAGGUUGAGAGUGACGUGCGAGAUCCGUGUCGUAUCGUUAACGUGACGCAUUUCACGUGACGCAUUGUAAAACUCAAAAUGAUACUGAUCUGAUGUUGCAGCCUAAUUAUAGGCCCGGUGAAUUUCUGUUUAUAAGUGACACAAGUUCGAUAACGAACUUCCAAUACACGGGAAUGCUUACAAUGAAUAUUUGUAAGGUUUUAUCUGAAAGAUGGGCGGCAAAAAAUAAAACACAUUUUUGUAGUAAGUGUUGCGGAUUUAUCCUGAACACAUUUUGCUAAACGCUAGCGUUCUUAGCAUGAUGAGUGUAGCAUUGUUGAAAUACUUUAACUUGAGCUGUUGUGACGGUGAGGAACUGACGCUCUGUGCGAACAGAAUCUCUUGGUUUCCGGUCCGACACCAUUUCAUGCUGGAAAGGAGCAGAUUUCGGUAAAGACCGGAGCAGUUCCAGAUCUCACAGCGGCUUUCGAAUGUCAGAGGAACGCGAGUGAAGUUUUUGAGAGAACUUUAAGAUAUUAAAACAAGAAAAACGACAAACUUGUCCUCACAAAUCUACGCUCGCUAUAGUCACUAUGCUGUACUGUAUUGACUCUGAAAAGUCUGUCUGUCAUCCAUGCAUGCUAAUUAACCUGGCUAGUAAAAGAUAUUCUACCGACAGCCUGAUGGCUUCUCGGCUGAUGUGCGUAGUGCGGCAGGUGGCGGGAUUCGGACGCGCGUGCUGUAGUAUUGGGAUCAAGUUGCAUCGCAGCACCGUGAAGCGCAUUACGUUUAAACACACGCUUAAUGAAUGAACUUUCGUUUUGCAAACAUCAGUAAGAAGUAGGGUGUGUUUCUUUUUUUUAAUUCUAAUCCGCAAGGAAACUAUGAAUUUAAAAAAUAAAUAAAUGAAUAAAUAAAUAACAGCGUGGAAACGGCACGGAAAUCUGGGAAUCACAGGUGCUCGGGAUGCCAGAUUGUCCGUCCGUGAUGUGACAUUUUUGUAGCAAUUUUGACGUUUCCGACUAUAUUCCUGUGAACUUGACCAGCAUCCAAACAAAACUCGUAAGAAUUCCUUCACCCAAGAAGAAGAAUUUGUCCAAAUAUCUCCUGAGAGGAGAGGGAAAUAAAUAAAUUUAAAAAAUCUUUUAGUAAAGACUGGAUCGGAUCCAGGAGCUAAUUCACCGGCGGCUCCUGCACCAGCACCGUGUCUGUGGAAAAGCGUUUUUCCGAAACUCCUUAUUGUUUAUGGUUGUUAUGAUAUGGAUUUCCAGACACAGAGCGAAUGCAUUAAAAGCAGGAUAUUUCAUCAGCGCUACUUCGCCUAGCAAUGAAAUCAAAAUAAUGGGAAACGAUUAAUUUCCGAGUUCCCGCUAUUCGCAAUCUCGGCGCUUGGGUGCCGUAUCCCGUUCAAACUGGACACUUGAGUACGUCGUAUACGUUUGUUAGCAUGGGCCGGGAUUUCCUGCUAACGUUCAAUAGAUAAAUCCGCAGGAUGAAUUAUAGCGCGUGUUCACUGUGUAAUCUACUGUAAAGAUAGAAGUUUUUUUUAGGAAGCUCUAGCUUUAUAUUCUCCCUCGCUUAUUUUCUAGGAUCAAAUUCUGGGUUACUGUUUAAUUUAUAUCUCGGAUUAGUUUUGAUGGUUGUUCUUUAUCUUCUGACAGUUCUCACGAUUUGGCUUUGUUUAAAAAAAAAAAAAAAGAAAAAGAAAAAAAGAUGUAUUUAUAUGUUUUGAUUUUGCGAAUCGCGUUUUUGUUCCCUUCCAGUUUUCUACUCUUUUUACUCUGUCGAUAGUUAGGAAUGAAUAUUGGCAGUUUAAAGAAAAAAAAAACAAAAACAAAACGGAUGCACUUACAGACCGUUUCUCCUCUCCCCCUGAAUUCAUUGUGUGUAUUUAGUAAAACAAGGAAAUCUUUCUUGAAUAAUGUCUCUGUUUAGAGACAAUCUGGUUCUAGUAAUUGUAAACUCACGACUGCUUCCUUUCUUCAUUAAAGCAGCUUGAUUUGGA